AUGACCUCUGCAGACAUCAUCAGCGAAGCUGAAGAACUCGACGAUGUUUCCGAAUCGUCUCCGCUCCUUAGCGACCAAGUCGUAGAUGUGCACACCCUACCUCGCAGGCUUAAGCGACGCAUCAUCCUGCUCCUGUGCGCUUUUGCCUUUAUGAUGAUGCUCGGCGACAGCCUCCAGCCAGCAGCACUGAGUCAAAUCUUCGAAGACAUCAUCUGUGAUGACCACUACAACAAACACCUUUCCUCAAAUAUCAACGCUUCCGCAACCCCCGCGCCGGCUGAUCCAUGCAAGACACAUCCGGUUCAGAAAGAGCUCGCGCUGGUACGCGGCAUCCAGCAGCUGAUGCCUACCUUCGCAGCGCUGCUAUGCACCGUGCCAUACGGCCUGCUGGCAGAGCGAAUUGGGCGCAAGCGCGUCCUCAUUCUGAGCGGUACCGGCGCAUUUGCCUCGCUAGCUUGGGUGCUGGCUGUCUGCUACUGGCGAUUUGGUUCGAUUCGCCUGGUCUGGCUGUCGGGCGCCUUUCUCUUCAUCGGCGGCGGGGAUGCCGUUGCCUCGAGUGUCGUCCAUGUCAUGGUAACCGACACUACGGACCAGGCUGAACGCGCACGGAUCUUCCUCUUUCUGCACGCGGCGGACGUGAUCUCAGGCUUCUUCGGGCCGGCUAUCAGUGCCGCGCUGAUGGAGAAGGGAGAUGCCUGGACUGUCAUGCUACUUGCCCAGGCCGUACUCUUCUUGGGCACAUUUCUGCUCACGCAAUGUAUCCCGGAAACGCUGCGCUUGAGGGACAAGUUGUCUGGCGGCUCGCUGACGUUCACUCCGUCUCAGCUGGCACCUUCGAGUCCUCCCGAAACAGCCCACCCAGUACCUUUAGGUACAAGGUUGGAUGGGGUUGCUCGCGUGUUGUCCUCACCCCAAUCUGUGCUGGCCCGAAACCGACAAGCCCUCUUGCUGCUGUUCGUUUUCGCUCCACAGACCGCAGCCCGGGACCUCUUCACGAUGGUCGGCUUGCAAUACUCUAGCUCAAAGUAUUCCCUCUCCUACAGCCGGGGGAACGUGCUUCUCUCCCUCUUUCAAGGCGCACAAGGCUUCAUAGCCCUUGUGAUCCUCCCCUUAAUCACCCGUCUAGUUGCUGAGCCGCGUGGCUGGACUGGCUGGGCGCGCGACCGUUUCUACGCCAUCAUGUCCAUUGCCGCAACGGCCUCGGGCCUGAUGGUCGUUGCUGUUGCACCCUCGUUGGCGACUGAGGUUGUCGGGCUGCUACUUGUGGCGGUUGGUAGUUGUACAACCGGAUUGUUGAUGAGUUUGUUGGGCGAAGCUGUCCAGCCAAGCCAGGUGAGUACGGUGUAUAGUGUGGCAUUAAUGCUGAGCAUUGCGGUGCGCGGGGCGACAGGGCCCUUGAUGAAUGGGCUAUUUGUGAAGGGGCUGGAGCUGGGCUGGAGCUGGAUGGGCCUGCCAUUUGCUGUGACGGCGGUCCUAAUGGCAGGCGUAAUGGUGAUGAGCACAUUCAUACAGGCAGAGGAGAGAUGGAGGCAAAGACAAGUAACCAAAAGGAGGCUUAGAGAUGAAUAA